AUGGCUGUUCCUGUUAAUUACCCCCAUGAUCAAUGGAAGGGCAGGCGGCAGAAGGAGCUCCCUGCCCGCACCAUUGCUGCCUGCUUCCUGGACCACACCUCACCAGCUGUUUCCUCUCCCCACACAGGGGCAGUUGACGUGGACGAGUGCUCAGAGGGCACAGAUGACUGCCACAUUGAUGCCAUCUGCCAGAACACGCCCAAGUCCUACAAAUGUCUCUGCAAGCCAGGCUACAAGGGGGAAGGCAGGCAGUGUGAAGAUAUUGACGAGUGUGAGAAUGACUACUACAACGGGGGCUGUGUCCACGAGUGCAUCAACAUCCCCGGGAACUACAGAUGCACCUGCUUUGACGGCUUCAUGCUGGCGCACGAUGGACACAACUGCCUGGAUGUGGACGAGUGUCAGGACAACAACGGUGGCUGCCAGCAGAUCUGCGUCAAUGCCAUGGGCAGCUACGAGUGCCAGUGCCACGCUGGCUUUUUCCUCAGUGACAACCAGCACACCUGCAUCCACCGCUCCAACGAGGGUAUGAACUGCAUGAACAAAGACCAUGGCUGUGCCCACAUCUGCCGAGAGACGCCCAAAGGUGGGGUGGCCUGCGACUGCCGGCCCGGCUUUGACCUUGCCCAAAACCAGAAGGACUGCACACUAACCUGUAACUAUGGAAACGGAGGCUGCCAGCACAGCUGCGAAGACACGGACACGGGCCCCAUGUGUGGCUGCCACCAGAAGUAUGCCCUCCACUCUGACGGUCGGACGUGCAUCGAGAAGGAUGAGGCUGCAAUUGAGCGCUCUCAGUUCAAUGCCACGUCAGUAGCUGAUGUGGACAAGCGGGUGAAACGGCGGCUACUCAUGGAGACAUGUGCAGUCAAUAACGGAGGCUGUGACCGGACAUGCAAGGACACGGCCACCGGCGUGCGGUGCAGCUGCCCUGUCGGAUUCACGCUGCAGCCCGAUGGAAAGACAUGCAAAGACAUCAACGAAUGCCUGGUCAACAACGGAGGCUGCGACCAUUUCUGCCGCAACACCGUGGGCAGCUUCGAGUGUGGCUGCCGGAAAGGCUACAAGCUGCUGACAGACGAGCGGACGUGCCAGGACACUGACGAGUGCUCCUUCGAGCGGACCUGCGACCACAUCUGCAUCAACUCCCCCGGCAGCUUCCAGUGCCUGUGCCACCGCGGCUACACACUCUACGGGACAACCCACUGCGGAGAUGUAGACGAGUGCAGCAUGAGCAAUGGGAGCUGCGGCCAUGGCUGCGUCAACACCAAGGGCAGCUACGAGUGUGUCUGCCCCACAGGGAGCUGGCUGCACUGGAACCAGAAGGACUGUGUGGAGACGGGCAAGUGUCUCUCUCGAGCCAAGUCCUCGCCCCAGGCCUGGCUGUCCUGCAGCAGGGCGAGUGGCGUGGAGAGCUGCCGGCUUUCCUGCCCGGCACACACACUCUUCAUGCCAGACUCGGAAAACAGCUACAGCCUGAGCUGCGGUGUCCCGGGUCUCCAGGGCAAGACGCCACAGAGACGCAACAGCACCAGCUCGAGCACCAGGCCCAGCUGCUCAGGUGCCCCUGCCAGCCCCAUCAGGCAGAAGGCCCGCUUCAAGAUCCGGGACGCCAAGUGCCACCUCCGGCCCCGCGGCCAGGAGCCAGCAAAGGAGGCCCCUAGGCAGCCACUGCUGGAAAACUGCCACGUGACCUUUGUGACCCUCAAGUGUGACUCCUCCAAGAAGAGACGCCGUGGCCGGAAGUCCCCAUCCAAGGAGGUGACCCACAUCACAGCAGAGUUCGAAGUCGAGACAAAAAUAGAAGAGACCUCAGAUGCCUGUGACGCAGACUGCACGAGGAAGCGAGCGGAGCAGAGCCUGCAGGCCGCCAUCAAGACUCUGCGCAAAUCCGUCAGCCGGCAGCAGUUCUCUGUCCAGGUCGCCGGCACUGAGUACGAGGUAGCCCAGUGGCCGGCCAAGGCCCUGGAGGCCCAGGGGCCAUGUGGCGCAGGCCAGGUGUUACAGGAUGGCCAAUGCGGCUCCCCAGCUCGAGCCGCUCACAGCGGCUGCUGCACCCGCCCUCCCGCGUGUGCACGUGCUUCGCACCUGGGCAGCCUGUACCUCACCAUCCAUCCACACACAUUAAAUGUCAACAAGUCCUCCAGCGGCAUCCCCUUCCUGUGCAGGAAUGCAGUGGCCUGCAGGCCUGGAACCCACUUCAGUGGAGAGCCGAGCCAGUGUGUGCCGUGCACGCCGGGGACCUACCAGGACAAGGACGGCCAGCUCAGCUGCACGCCGUGCCCCAGCAGCGAUGGGCUUGGCCCGGCCGGUGCCCACAACGUAUCCGAAUGUGGAGGCCACUGCCUUCCCGGCUCCUUCUCUGCCGACGGCUUCAGGCCCUGCCAGGCCUGCCCUGUGGGCGCGUUCCAGCCUGAGCCUGGGCGCACCAGCUGCUUCUCCUGUGGAGGGGGCCUGCUCACCAAGCACGAGGGGGCGGCCUCCUUCCAAGACUGUGAGGCCAAAGUGCACUGCUCCCCCGGCCACCACUAUAACACGACCACCCACCGAUGCAUCCGCUGCCCUGUGGGCACCUACCAGCCCGAGUUUGGCCAGAGCCACUGCCUCAGCUGCCCGGGCAACACCAGCACUGACUUUGACGGCUCUACCAACGUCUCGCACUGCAAAAACCAGCACUGCGGUGGUGAGCUAGGCGACUACACGGGCUACAUCGAGUCCCCUAACUACCCCGGCGACUAUCCGGCCAACGCGGAAUGCGUGUGGCACAUCUCGCCGCCCCCCAAGCGCAGGAUCCUCAUCGUGGUCCCUGAGAUCUUCCUGCCCAUUGAGGACGAGUGCGGCGACGUCCUGGUCAUGAGGAAGAGCGCCUCGCCCACAUCCAUUACCACCUAUGAGACCUGCCAGACCUACGAGAGGCCCAUCGCCUUCACCUCCCGCUCCCGGAAGCUCUGGAUCCAGUUCAAAUCCAACGAGGGCAACAGCGGCAAAGGGUUCCAGGUGCCCUACGUCACCUACGAUGAGGACUACCAGCAACUGAUAGAAGACAUCGUUCGGGAUGGACGGCUCUACGCCUCGGAGAAUCACCAGGAAAUUCUGAAAGACAAGAAGCUGAUCAAGGCCCUCUUUGACGUGCUGGCACACCCCCAGAACUACUUCAAGUACACAGCCCAGGAGUCCAAAGAGAUGUUCCCCAGGUCCUUCAUCAAACUGCUGCGCUCCAAAGUGUCCCGAUUCCUGCGGCCUUACAAAUAGCGCUGGUGGAGCCGCCCUGCUUGGGGAUGGCCUGUGUCCCAGGGGAGGGGAGAGCGCCUUCCCUCCACAGGAGAAGCUGAAAGGCAGCCCACAGCCCCCACGCAGCCUUGGAGAUCACCAUGGCGGCUGCCCUUCAGGAAACGCAGACCGGCCCGUGGAGAGCAGAGACCCCCACCUGCCCGACUGCACCCCCAUCUCCACCCCAGUGGGGAAACCUUGCUUAAGGCAGCCUUUCUCCACGCUUCCACCACCUGUUUAUUUCCAGGACACCAAGAGUGUCCCAUCCUGAGCUGGCACUAGCAGACACAGACUGGACCAGCAUGCUCUGGGCCACCAUGCCAGCAGGUCCUGGGCUGAGGGUGCCUUUGGAGAUUGCAUGUGCCCUGCACCUGGCACUUCAGGAGAGAGAGGAGCUUGGCUGCCCCUGUCUCCAGGGGAGGCACUCAGAGACUGUAGGCCAGGCUGCCUGGAAUAAGGGGUGUGUGAAGGGCUCUGGCCUCUGGGGGGCUUUGAUAAGCAAGUCAGUGCCUUUAGGCGAUCCACACCCGACUCCUUCAGCCCCAGGCCCAGGACACCGGUGCCACGUGGCUGGGCUUAAGGAUUCUGUGCUGAAGCAGAAAAGAGCUGCUAGGGGAGGAGACUGUAGAUAUGUGCUUUCCUGGGAUAGAGCAUCUAAUUAAGUACUUUCUAUAUAUAAAUAUAAAUAUAUAUAUAUAUAUAUGUAUAUAUAUAUACACUUCUAUUUGUGGGUACUUUAGGAAAAUGCUCUUUAGUAACUAAAUAUUAAUUGCAACCUCACCUCUUCUCCCUGGAGUCAGCACAGCCUCAGCUGCUUCCGGCUGCCCCAGUUAAUUCAACUGCUGCUCCAGGCACUUGGCGCUUCUGUUUACAGGAGUCUGGGAUCCUUUGGGACUGGGCAGAAGGCAGGCUGGCCCUGGACCCACUUUAGAAUACAGAUUCUUUAGAAACUGGGCUCUGAUGCUUUGCUGUAGUACUGCCCUCGGAUGGAACGUGGUAUAAGGCAGUUUCCCCCGGACCCUUUCAUGUGGGUGCAGGGACCCAGCAGAAAACUUUGGAAGGGUUCUUUGACCCUGAGGCCAUGACCCUGGGGUGCAUGAUGUGCCCACCCACCGUGCCUUCCCCACGUGAGUGCAGUGUCUGAAAAUAAAAAGGGCCUCAGAGCAGCAGCCCUCUCCUGAUUUCACCAGCAAGAAGAGGCCUGGUAGCCAGCGGAGGGCCUGGCUGCCCACGCAGUCUUCUGUCUGUGGCGCCAAGCUGCCUCCCUCUGAGAGUAUCUUUAAAAAAGGAAAGUCUGGAGUUUGACCAGGUUGCACGGCGUCCCACUCAGCCGGGAAGCGAGCCCUGGAAUAGAGCUAGCAAAGCCCCUCAUACCGAGGCCUUGUCUGCUGCAGACUGCUGGCCGCCCUGUAGGACACGCGUAGGAGGAGUUAACACAUGCACAAAAUUCCAAGGAACAUCUUAAGAUGAACUCCAGUCCCACCUUCCAGGGCACCUCUAGGUGGUCCCCCUCCUAACCCCAGGCCCGGGCUGACCAGUUAGGGAUGAGCACCCUUUGAGGACCAUCUGUGGCAUCCUGAGGUGAGGACAGGGCAGGUGACUGAGGUCUCUGAAGAUGCAGGGCUUGAUGACAGGGCAGGUCAUGACGAAUUUCACAAUCCAAAACAGGGCUUGGAGCUUAGGGUUUAUUCACUGCCAUUACCUAUGUCAGCAAUGGCGAGUCUCCAGUCUGACUACUGCUGCCGUCAGUGCCUUCUCUGCUAACACCCAGCUAAGUUGGGGGGGGCUUACACCUGGUGGGCAGGUCAGUGUUAGCUGACAAGUGCUGUCGGGGCCACACUGCCCCUCCCCUGCUCACCGUCUUUGAAGACCAGCCUUAGUUUCCAUACAGAGCCUGUCUUCUCUUGUCCAGCCAUUGCUCGUCCCCAGAAACCAGUCAGAGGUCCCCCAGAAUGAGCCCUGAGCCGUUGCUUCCAAGGACAGGUCCUGGGAGGGUAUUUCUAACCCUCUCCGAAGAGCCAGAGAGGACCAGAAAGAGCUGUGACCUCCCUUGACCUCCUCCUGCUGCUCCUGGGUGAUUUCUGGCAGCUGUCACCCACACCCCCAGCUGUUAGCACCUCUACGGGCAGACCCCGCCCGGUGUGCCCUGGGCAGCGCAGGACAAGGGCAGACUCCAACGGGGGGCACUCGCCCCUCACAAGGACCAAGCAGUCAACAGCUCAACUUGCCAGAGGCCCACACAGUCCCAUCCAGCCCGCGCUGCCCAGGAACACCAGCCCCCACGCCACUGGAUGGACGCGAAGCCCUGGGAUGGGGCCUGCCCUGAAUCUCCACACCAGCCCUCAGCCCCACACCGGGCAACUUGGCGGGCCCACCUGUUAAACCCAGAGCUGGUCCCGGUCCUCGGGGACUGGUGGUCCCACAAGAUCUCUGGGCAGCAAAGCAUGCUGUCCCCACUCCAUGUCGUUGAAGCCAACAUUGGCGGCCACAAGGUGGCCAUUCCACCCGGCCCCAGGUGGAAGUGGAGAGAAACGGGGAGGCGGACAAGGUCUGGGCCCAGGACAGGGGGGCCCCAGGGAUGAGUCCCGAAGAGGGGCCCAAGGAGGGGCAGGGAGGCGGCAGUCCUGUGCUGCCCGAGGGAGGCAGGAGACAUGGAGCGGCCACGCCAGGAGGAGCACAUCCCACUCCCGAUGGGACGUUGGCCUUGAGCACCACAGACCCACCUGGCCUUUUGCCUGGCACGGACCCUCAGUUGGCUGGCCAGUCGAUAAACUCCAAGGAGAGGAGCUAAGGACCAAGCUUCUGGAAGCAAAAGCUUGCCCAGUCGGCCAGGCCUGAGAGAAGGCACUGGGCCUGGAGGUCCCGAAGAGCUCGGUUCUGCCCCUGGGACAGCAUCUCACUUGGCGACAGGCGGCGCUUUCCAGGAGAUGGCAGGCGCCUCCGAGGAGCACCUCACCCAUCGCUCCUGGACAGUGGGCAGGCAGGACCCGGAAGGGGUGGGCCUGGAAGAAGCCCCGCUGCCCCGAGUCCCGGGCACCACCUGGCACUCUGCUUCCCCAGAAGGCAAACGACCAGCCUCAAGAUCCAGUGGUCGCCAAGCCCUCAGUGCGUGAGUGUUGAGGUCGUCUCAUCUGCUGCCCCUGAUCGGGCUUGUUCUCCCCCAACCCCUCUCCUACCUGAGCGGAGCCUUGCCGCUGCAGUGCUGGGCGGGCCUCUCCCCACCGCGGGGCUGUCCUGUCAGCUGUCUGCGCACCUGCCAUGACAGACCUGAGGAGGCUGUGGGCCCACAGCGGCCUCAGGCAGCUUUCCCCCUGCCUUGGUUUGGGGCCUGCUAAACCCAGGCCAAAAGGUCUCCAGGUGGCAGUGGCCCGAGAGGCUGGCUCUGCAAGCUUAAGGAGAGAAGCUCUCCCCGCCUCUUACAAACCCAAGUUUCCUACCUGAACCCCCAUGGUCCCAGAGACACAGCCAAGGUCACCCAUUUCCCACAGGAGGCCCCCAGCCUGCCGGAGCUGUAGUCGGUGCCCAAGUGACAUUUUGGGGGUUGAAUAAUUAUUCUAGCACUUCCACCACCCUCCACAGAAAAAGAAGAUACUGGACUAGGUUGGGUCAUUUAGUAAAUGUUUGCUGAGCACCUACUGUGUGCUGGGCUCCUGGAAGGGCAGAGAACCCAGCCAGCAGAGUAGGAUCCCAUGGAAGGCCCCUCUGGUCACAGAGGUAAAGCUAACUGAGGCUGACCUGGGGGUGGCCGAGCCCAGUGCUCCUCAGGAGAGGGCAGUCCCCCCUCUGUCCUUCCAGGACCCCCAGGUCGGGGUGGAGGGCACCAGAGAAUGGGCAGAGCAGGGCCAGGGUCACGAGGCGGUCCCAAAGUACACAGCCCCAAGGAGAAACUGCAGCCAGCCCAGCCUCACGAGGCAGGAGACAGAUGCUCAUAGGCCAAGCCUGUGAGCUCAGGAGCCCAGCCACCACCCGGGACAGUGGUCCCCACCCCACACACUGCUCCGCCCAGCUGGCGCAGCCCUGCUCCAGGAAGCAGCUUCCUUUCUGGUCACCCAGGGCCCCCAGCUGUUUUUAAGCUCCUCUGCUCCAUGCUUGGAAGUUCAGGAAACCUGCUAAACUGCAUCUCGUAUCAAGUGUUUUUCUUCACCAAAGAUACACGUGGUGGCAGCUCAGCCCUUCUGACCAGGGCGCCAGGACAGAGUGAUGCCAUCAGGUCAAAGGUGGAAGGACUUGACAUUCGAGGGACACUGCCUGUCCCACAUGUGGAGAUAGAGCAGAUAGCUCCUAUUCUCCCAGGGCUGCCGCUGCCCCUGCAGCACCCGCAGAUUGCCAGCCCCCCAGGAGUGAGUCCUGAGCACCUUCAGUGGGCCGGUCCAGAGCUGGAGUCCACUUGCUCCAGCCUACCUUGCUUCUUGGAGCGGGCACUGGGAGGGACCCAGUCAUCCCCAGGUGGAGACAACACGGGCCACGUGCUCCUUCCCAGCACCCUGCACAGAUGGCCCCCAAUGAACAGGACCCUUUGUUCCCCUGUGGCCUCCCCAGCCCCUGGAUGGAACCUCUGAAAUUAUCUGUACCAGCCACGUCUCAACAGGAAGCAGUGAAGGGCCAGAGUCAGCCCGGUGCCCCCACCCCAAGUUCUGGGCUCAAUCCUUUAACAUACAAUCCCCACGCCCUGCCAGGUGGGUGGAGCUAGUUGUUCAGAUGUGAUUGAGAUCCUGGGAGGCCAAGAGACCUGCCCAAGGCCAACAGUAAUUCAUGGAAUUGAAAAUCAAGACCGUGUUAGUCCCAAGGUAGGAGACGUCACUGUGCCAUAUCCCUAACUGAGCUUUACAGGGUGGGAAACAGCCAGGCGAGCCCUGGCAGUGGGGGUGCAGGGCGGGGAUGUGACUGGUAGAGAGGAUGCUGAGCGGGUGCACUGAGUGACGUCCCCUCCCUCUGGAACAGGCGCUGGAAACUCAUGCAGAAAACGAUGGGCUUCUGCCUCCUCCCCAGUGGCCAUGUCACUUCCAUUCCAACCGAGCCCACAGGGUGAGCGGAGCACAGCUUCCUGCCAGGCCGCGCGCCCAGCCCUGUGGGUGACCACACCCUCAACAGGAUGUCCGGUCGCCCCUCUUACAGGCUCCAGCAUGCACACUGGGGAAUGAGGGCGUCCCUCAGCGGACAUUGUGGCAUAAAGAAGAGGAAAAAAGAAAGCUGGCUAAUGCCUAGUAUUGUUUGUUUCAGUGUAGAGGCCACAUAGAUCUACAGGAAACUUCUUAUUCCGCUGGGAUCAGACCCUGAAGCAGUCUGAGCAGACCCAGCCCAUAUCACUCUUGACACAGGAUAUCUGAACACCCCAGGGACAGGGAGGGACCAGAGGGCUGAACCCCUGUGCCCACAGCCAGUGCUCUAGGGCCUGCACUGCCCAAGCGCUUUGGCAAUUGCUGCCUAUAGGAAUGACCACGUUGUUCUUUCAGUUGCCUCAAGUAGCCAAGGUUUUGUUUUCUCCGUCGUGUUCAUACAUAUGCAUGUAAUUAAACAUCUGCAAAAUCAUUUUAAUAGUAAACAGGAAAUGAACUUAAA